GACUGGUGCGCGCGAUCAUUGUGAUGGUGGCUGCAGCCGCCGCCGCUGAGAGCGAGCCACACAUUAGCGCGUCUGUAGGAUUUCCCUCAACACACACACACACACACGCACGCGCGCACGCACGCACGCACACACACACACACGACUUUCUGAACUGCACACCUUUCUUUGUUCACGCUCGGGAGGAGGGAAAAAAAAUUCUUAACGCGCGAGAGCAGAAAAUAAACAGCACGCGGCGAAUGAAAUGAAAUGCAAAGUUCACGAAAGUACUACUCGGGAGCGCGUUGGCUGCGGACGGGGAAACUUUUUUUCUCUCCGAGAAGGACGGCGCGAUAAACCGGCGGACUGUUUGAUGGAGCGCUGAAGCGGCGAGAGCGCAGCCUGACGGCGGACUGAGGGUCGCUCGCUCCCGGUCGCUCCUCUUCUGCUGUGCUGUCUCUCCCGGUGUCGGCUUUGCUGCGGGGGAACGGUGGAUGGUUGACACGGCGGUAUUCCCAGAGGAGCGCUGCAUUAUUUGUCGUUUCCAGUCUUUCUCCCUGGUCUCUGUAUCCAGCCGGACCCGGGUUUGGAGAGGGGAGUCCGGGCUGGGUGGUGGUGGUGGUGGUGGUAUCGGGAAGGGGGGAAAGCUUUGACAAAACUUCUUUCUAUAAAAGAAAGCCCUUGUACGCAGCAGCGCAGAUGAUGAUGGGGGAUUUCUCCGGCCCCGCUGCCUCGAACGGCGGCGGUGGUGGUGUUUGCAUCAACAGCGGCGGUAACGUGAACCUCAACGCCGGUAGCAACACCACAACUACUAAUAACUGUAAUAGCAAUAGCGGUGCCGGUCCUGGAGCUGGUGCUGGUGCAGGAGCCGGAGUGCCGAAGCACAGCACAGUAGUGGAGCGGCUCCGGCAGAGGAUCGAGGGCUGCCGGCGGCAUCACAACGCUUGCGAGGCCCGCUAUCAGCAAGCGCACGCGGAGCAGCUGGAGCUCGAGCGCCGGGAAACAGCGGCUCUGUAUCAGCGCACCCUGGAGCAGAGGGCCAAGAAGGGCAAACAGCAGCAGGGCAAGCAGCAAGAACCGAGCGAGACCUCGGAGCAGCGGAACAACACUCUGAUCGCGCUUCAGGAGACAGUGAAAAGAAAAUUGGACAGUGCUCAAUGCAGAUCUCCUUUAAACGGUGACCAGAAUGGGAUCUGUGAUGGAAGUUACUCUCCCACCACAAAGAGACUGCGUAAGGAGGGUAACAGUGGGCUGGACUCUCUGGGCACUUUGCCCAACAGUGUACCCCCAAUUUCUCCACUUCACCAAAUGGACAUCAAGCCUACAUUACCUACAGGCAAUAACACAACGUCUAAUAAUGCAAUGGGUAAUGGUAAUGCCGGGACAAAUCAUAUUACAGGCCGGGCAGAGGACUUGGGUAAGAAUGGUGGCAUGCCAGACAUUAAACUGAAUGGAUCUUUGGAUCUGGAUGAUGGUUUUAGCCUUCUAAAGGACAUGAAACAAGAGCCUCUGGAUGACGCAACAGGGAUCGAAUCUUCGGACACCUCACUGUCCAAUCAGAACAAGUUGUUCUCUGACAUCAACCUGAAUGAUCAGGAGUGGCAGGAGCUGAUUGACGAGCUGGCGAACACGGUUCCUGAAGACGACAUGCAUGACCUCUUCAAUGAAGAUUUUGAGGAGAAGAAGGAGGUUGGUGAUUUCAGCCGGCCCACAACAGAGCAAACGCAGAAUCUGCAAGAGCCUGUACCUCCUCCAGUCGCCACAGCGCCCAACAACCCAUCACAGACCCAGGGUGGGCAGAUGGGCUCUCCGCAAGUUCGCCCAGCUUCUUCUGGACCACCAUUUGCCACUGCCGCCAACGGCACACCACCCCAACAACCCUUGCAGCAGUCUCCAGCAGUUGCUAUGGCAUCAGGGUCUCCUGCUAGCUGCAUUGCUCGUUCGCCCCAAACACCCACACAAGCCCAGACACAGACCACCAGACCUGGGAAUGGAUUUAUGAUGAAUCCUGGUCCUGGUGUGGGUCCCCCAGGGUCAACACCGGUAGCGCCAGUAGGUCCUGGAGCAGGAACAGGAAGUGGACCAGUCCCGGGUCCUGUUCCACCAACCACUGAACUCUCACCGGCUGAACAGCUAAAGCAGAUGGCAGCACAACAACAGCAACGUGCCAAGCUCAUUCAGCAAAAACAGCAGUCGCAGGCAGCUAGCUGGUCCCCUGCAGGAGCACCAACAAGCCCUUACGGUGGUCCCUUCAACCCUGACAAACCAAAUAGCCCCAUGAUGUACCCACAAGGCUUCAAUGCCCCCAACUCGAUGGUGCCCAAACCCGGCAUGAACAACUACCUCCCACAAAACCAUAUGAACAUGAUGAACCAGCAACAGCAGCAGCAACAAUCUGCCAACAUGGCUGCCCAGAAUGCCUUGAAUAAGCAGCUGUCUUACAACAACACCAAACCAUUGAGUCAUUUCAGCGGUGUCGACCACAUGAGUCAGCGAAUGACCCCACCAAUGGCCAAUCAGGUCAAAAAUCCCAUGAUGCCCUAUAUGCAGGGGACAGGGGGACAGGGUGGGGGGCCACCCCCUUCUCAAGGUCCCAUGCCUGGUCAGACAGCGCAUCUGACUGAAGAGCAGAAAAGGAUGUUGAUGAUGAAGCAGAAGGUGCUUGGACAGGGUUUGCCAUACAGUGCGAUGCAGCAACAUGCACAGGAGCAGGGCAUGGUCGGGUUGCCACGCCAGGCCGCAGGCAUCCAACCCCCUCACGGAGGUCCGGGAGCUGUGCCCUCGGCCGGACCUAACGGGGCGGGGCCAGGUGGUUACCUGGGCAACCAGCAGCAGCAGCAAGCAGCCAUGAUGAAGCAGAUGAUGGCUAUGGAGCAGGAGAAGAGAGUUCAGCUUCAUCUGAUGGAGCAGCAGAAAGUUCAGCUCCUGCGGGAACAGAGACAACAGCAGCACCACCACUUACUGGCGGAGCAGUUACAGCAGCAGCAGCAGCAGCAGCAGCAUCUCCCAAGGCAGAUGAGUCAAGCACAGAGAAACCCGUAUCCUCUCCAACAGUUUCAGGGCACACAGCAGGAGAUGGCAGCAAGGAACCAGGCGCUUCAGAGCAUGAGGAACGCUCGCCUCCUACAGCAGCAACAGCAGCAGAACCAAGGCAUGCUACAGAUGGCACCAGUUCAGAACCCUGGUCCCAUGCCCACUCAGGGCGAGAUGGGCAUGGCCUAUGGAAGCCAGGCAGGAACACAGGCAGCCAUGUACCAGGGCAUGAAUUCGGGAAUGGGUCAGAUGCUCCAGCCGCAGCAUCACCCCAACCAGGCUAGCAUGGCCAUGGCACAGAGACCUGCAGGCACGGGGGGACAGGGAAUGGUGGGAGGAGGAGCUGGAAGCGGAUAUGGACAGGGUAUGAUGAUGAACCCUGCCCUCUCUCAACAGCAGAUGAAGCCAGCUGGGCAGCCGAUGGUCAAAGCCCAGGCUCAAAGACUGCAAAGCAUGAUGGGAGGUGGAGGUCAGGGAUGGCCCCAGCAGCAGAAUAUGCAGGCCAUGAGUGGAAGGACUACAAACGACAUGGUGGCGUUUAACAGUAACCCUGCAUACGCCAUGCAAGGUGGGCAGCCACCAAGGAUGCCCAAGCAGCAUUUCAGCCAAGGGAUGGGUGGCCAGGGCAUGGUAGACCCACGAGCCAUAAACCCAGCAAGCAUGGGCGGACCCAUGAUGCCUCACAUGGCAGGCCAACCAAGGACCAAUCAACCGCGUGGAAUGGCAAUGUCGGGUAUGGGUCAGGCCGUGCCCAACAUGGCUGCUUUUGGACAGGGUUCCACGCAGGCCAUGGCAGGGGCCGGACCAGGUGGAGGGGCCUAUAUGCCAAGCGGGCAGACACAAGGCUACCAACGGACAUCAAGCCAAGACUUGGCUUACGGUUAUGCUGGCCAGUCAGGGACCGGAAGUGGGGUCCCGUUUGGCCUGUCAGACAGUGCAGAGCUGGACUCGACGGACGGUUGGAUGGAGGAAUUUUUCCCCAGCCAAUAGCCAAUGUGGAAAAUGUUUUGGGGGUGGGUGUUCCUUUGGGAUGGGCCAGAAAAGUGUUGUUUUUUUGUUUUUGUUUUUGAAAAAGAAAAAUGAAAAUCAUUUCUAGACAGUGUGUUCGUUCUUGGUUUUGUUUCAAAAAGUUUUGUUUAUUGUUUCCAUUUAAUAUAAUGGGGAGAUUAUUACAUGUUGUGUAUUGUAUGUGUGAUGUCACUAUAUUUAAACCAACAAUCUCUAAAAUCCGAUUCUAGCUAGAAGCCAAGUCUCUUUAGACUUCGUCCUGCGCCCUUCAUCAUCUUUUCUUCGUCAUCUUUUCCAGACUUUUCUAGGGACGACACAGUGUAAAACCUAAAUUACUUGUGAAAUAGAAAGAUUUUUGCCCAGUGUUUAGAUCAGAUGUUGGUUUUGCUCUCAACUCUGUCUGUUUAGUCAAUAAUUAAUUCUGAAGUGUGUGUGUGUGUGAAAGAGAGAGAGUGAGAGAGAGUUUGUAAAAAAAAAAAAUAAUAAUUAAAAAUACAACAGCACCAUCACCUCACCAUUAAAUCCCUUUGCUCUGAUAGUGAUUCAAAGAGCCAGCAGUUCCACUUCCCCUGCGUUCUUUCUGCAAACAUCACAGCGAAACACCUCGCAGUCUUUACUCUCAGCACAUGCAUCACCAGUGUUUGUGUGCUUUAUCUAAUCGAAGAGACUUGGCAGCUACAAAUUUGUCUCUCCACCUAAAAUAUGAAGGCUGGAGGACAUUAUGUUUUCUCAUAUGGCAGCUAGGAACACAAGCAUAGCGUCGUCUCCCACAUGGGCCAGAAACUCACAGUCCUCUUUAGCAACGUGCAGCCAAACACAAAUUUCAGAUCCAACCUUCGAAUGCAACAGCUUCCACAAGUGACUUGUGGCAGUUCAGGCUUUCACAUAGCAAUGGGAAAACAGGAAUGAUCACUUGUCUGUUCGCUUUCUAUGUUCAGGAGAAAAAAAAAAAACAUGACGAAUCAUUUGACAUAACUAAAGAUCAUUUCUUUCCUAUUAUUCAUUUACCAGAUGCUUUUACUCAAAGCCUAAAGCUGAGCAGUCGAGGACUAAGAGCUUGGGUAGUACUUUUCUUCUGAUCAACUGUAAUCUGAUGUUAUGUAUCAGAUAAAAAUUUUCACACCCUUGAAUUGAAUUGUUCAUGUAAAACAGGUUCUUGAUGUGUUGUGUUUGUUCUAUCGGGUUUGACACAGCGUCACUGCCUGCCUUCAUUCCGAGCAAAAAGCCAUCAGUUACUGUCAGUACAUUCUUUAUGGCCAACCUGGGAAGGGAGAAAAGAUUGUUUGGAGAAGACGCGGUGCAUGAAGGCUAUAUUCAUAAAACUUUAUAACUGUGCUUAUAAUGCUUCAUAAAAUUGAAAAUGAUCGUAUUUGUAAGAAACUCCAAUAAUGUCCGAUAAAGCAUGUAACAACUGACUGUCAGAGAUCUUUUAAUGUCAUUAUUUUAAGUUUCUUAACUAUUAUCAACUUUAGGAUAUCAUGGAAACAUCAAUUGCAAAGUAAUUACAGAUCAAAGCAGGUGAAAUGGCAAGUGUAGAUUAAAAGUUAUCAAUUGUUCCAAUGAUCAUAAGAACGCUUAUUUAUUACCAAACCUUUCUAAAUGAAAAAGUAAUUUAAGCAGUGAUAUUGAUGUUACAUCGAUCCUGAGCUCAGGUUUCGGUCUAGGUGGUGUUUCGCAUGUUCUCCCAUGGUCAUGUAGGUUUCUUCCAGGUUGUCCGAUACGUGCAACCUCGAAAAAAAAAAAACAGGAGGAUUGGCUAUACUAAAUUACCC